GCCUCGGGGGCGGGGCCACGUCGGGGGCGGGGCCGGCGCGCGCGGGAAGCGCCAGCCGGGAGGCCGACCGGCCCCUCUGCGUGAGCCGCGCGUUAUGGCCCUUGCGGUGCCUGGCUACUCGCCCAAUUUCAAGAAGCCCCCCGAGACUUUGCGGCUCCGACGAAAACGCGUCCGGAGCCGCGGGGCGGCCGCCUCACCAGGGGAGCAGCCCGAGCCGGCGCCGCGCCGCGCAGCUCUGGCGGCCGGGCUGCUCCUCCGCCCCUUCCCGGCUUCGGCGGCGGGCAGAGGCGGCGGCGGCGGCCCGGCCGCGACCCGCAGGAACCCCUUCGCCCGCCUGGACAACCGGCCGCCGGCCGCCGCGGAGCCCCCCGACGGGCAGCCCCGCGGCCAGCAGGAGGCGGAGGGCCCGUUUUUAGAUUCUAAUCAGGAAAAUGCUUUGCUGUGGGAAGAGAAGUUUCCUGAAAGAACAACCGUUACUGAAUUACUCCAGACUCCGCAAGUAUCGUUCUCCGAAUCUGAUACUCCAUCCUCAGAAGGUACUGAGUUACCUGUGGACUGGAGUAUUAAAACUCGACUCCUUUUCACCUCUUCUCAACCCUUUACCUGGGCAGAUCAUCUGAAAGCACAGGAAGAAGCUCAAGGUGUCAUCCAGCAUUGUAGGGCAACAGAAGUUACUUUGCCUCAAAGUAUACAGGAUCCCAAAGUCUCCACUGAGCUCCGUUGUGCCUUCCAGCAGAGUCUUAUCUAUUGGCUUCACCCUGCCUUUCCUUGGCUACCACUGUUCCCUCGCAUCGGAGCUGAUAGAAAAAUGGCCGGAAAGAUAAGCCCUUGGGCAAAUGAUGAAACCUUGCAACACAUUCUAAUGAGUGACUGGUCUGUGAGCUUCACUUCUCUUUAUAAUCUGCUGAAGACAAAACUUUGCCCGUAUUUCUACGUUUGUACAUACCAGUUUACCAUCCUGUUCCGCGCAGCAGGAUUAGCAGGAAAUGAUGUGAUCACAGCUCUCAUAUCUCCUACAACUAGAGGCAUAAGAGAAGCUAUGAAAAAUGAAGGUAUUGAAUUUUCUCUGCCGUUAAUAAAAGAAAAUGGCCAUGAGAAGAAGGCAACUGGGACAAGCCUGGGACGGGGAGAGGAACAAGUAAUCAGUGAUGAGGAUGAAGAUGAAAGUUUUUCCUGGCUGGAAGAGAUGGGUGUGCGAGAUAAAAUUAAAAAACCAGACGUGCUCUCUAUCAAGCUAUGUAAAGAGAAACAUGAAGUGCAAAUGGACCACAGACCAGAGUCUGUUGUGUUGGUGAAGGGAAUGAAUACCCUGACGCUGCUGAAUUUUUUGAUCAAUUCUAAGAGUUUAAUUGCCAGCUCAGGUCCACAGGCAGGACUUCCACCAACCCUCUUAUCGCCUGUAGCUUUCCGAGGUGCCACGAUGCAAAUGCUUAAGGCACGAAGUGUAAAUGUGAAGACGCAAGCUAUUUCUGGAUACAAAGACCAAUUUAGUUUGGAGAUCACAGGUCCCGUCAUGCCUCAUUGUCUGCAUUCUGUAACCAUGCUACUCCAGUCUUCACAAAAGGGGUCAUUUUCUGCUGGACUGUAUACACAUGAGCCAACUGCUGUAUUUAAUGCCUGCCUGCCAGUGAAUGAAGGACUGGAUAAGGAGACCGUUCGUGAGGAGCUCGCUAACUGUGGGUUGCAUCCUAAGACCCUAGACCAACUUAGUCUAACACCAAUACUGGGAAAAUCAUCUUUACGACACGUGGAAAUGAGUGACUACGUUUAUAAUUGGAGAUCCUGAACAUCAAAAUCUACCAAAGGAAUGCAGAAGACAAAUGGAAAAGCUGUCUACUGUUAAAAGUAUAGACCACGGACUCAGACUGCCUAAUCACUUUUUUUUUUUUUUAAUUCCAGUGUAGUUAACAUACAGCAUCAUCCUUGCUUCAGGCUGACUAACCACUGUCAGUUUCCUCCGCUGGAAACUGCAAGUCAUAAUAGUACCUACAUUUCACAGGGCUACUAUGAGCACAGAGCUACUUUUAUACACCAGAUAACGAACUCUUUAAGGGCAGCGAAUUUUUUCUAUUGUACUACUCUCCUAAACAGUUCGUGCCACAUAGUACACAGUAAAUAUUUACUAAAUGAAUGAUCAUGCCCCAAAUCACUUUCAUUUAAAAUAAGCUAAUAAUGCCAAAUUAUUUAUUUCCUUGGAUUUUUAAAAUCAGGACCUACAUUUCAACAGCAUGCCAGACUUUGCUUAUGUCACAACUAUCUAAUUAAAUUCUCACUUAGAUUAGAACAACUACAUACCCGUUCCUGAGCUCGAUUUAACAUGCUCAUGGCUUCAAGGUCAAACGCAUUCUCACUGAGUCUUUUCUGAGCAAGUGCCCGCUCACUCAUUGCUGUUGAGAUGUCCACAGGCUAAGAAAGAAAACAUAGAUAAUUAUCUCAAAUUAUGAGAGACCCCCUAAAUUCUAAAAAAUGCUCUUUAGCUGCUACAUGCAGAAAAUAGUCUUACAAAUGAACAAUCUUGCAAAGUACAGGAAAAAAAUGCCCAAAAGGAACCUUGGAAAGUAGAUGAGGAUUUAAGAUAAAUUAUAAAGUAUCAGAGGCAGCAGCUGAACUCAACCCAAAAUGUGAUUUCAUUAUUUUCUACUUUAUCAAAUCACAAUCCUAGAAAACUGCAAAGAACUUAAAACUCUCUGGCCUUCACUAACGAGUCAUUUACCAAAAAACUGAGAAAUUUUGAACUAUUUUCUAACUGCUAGCUUUGUAUGCAUUAGUUUUCAUUUUACCUUACUUAUUAGCAUAAUGUUCAGAAGCAAUAAGUAAGGUUCCUGAACAAGCGAGCAGAAAACCACUACGGUUAUCAGCGGCCUCUCCGCACAGCGUUUCAUCUUCUUGCAGAUGCUCAGGGAUAAUUUGGUCUUAGGAACUCCAUUUCUUUGAAAAAUAUUUCAGUUUACAUACAUUAAUGACCCAAAUUAAAGUAUUUCUGUGGGGGUACAGACCAUGAACGCAAACACUUAAAAUAAGGUAUAUCUGAAUGGACUCAGGUCUUCCUUUUCAAAGCUCAUACCCUACCUGUAAAAACUUUGUGCUAAGCAGAUUGAUUUUAUGGUUUAACUUUUUUAAAUGUUUCAUAAUGUCCAGGAAAAUUCUUAAAGGGUAAUCUUUAGAGCAAACUCCCAAUUUACCAGAUUUGUGAAAGGUUCAACCAUAAAAGAAAAAUCAAGUAUUUGAUGUUCUUUAUUCUAAUGUCAAGAGCUCAUGCUGACUUGUAUCAACUCACCAAUUUUUAGCACCCAAGAAAAUUCAUUUUCGGAAAAUGUUUAUUUGACAUGGGAAGGUUUUCCCAAAUUCAUUUACAAAGAAUGAUUAAUGGGUACUGCAUGGAUAUGACAAACGUAAGAAGUCAGUAAGAUAUGUCAAUGGCUAAGGAUUUUUCCUUAAAAGCUAAAUAAAGGCUAUCUGUAGUUUAACUGUG